CAGACCAAGCAUCAAAUAUUAAGUAUUAACCCCUAUUUCUUUCUUUCUUUCUUUUUCUUUCUCUCUCUCACAAAUUUUUUGGGGGUUGUGGAUAUGUCAGUUUGAAUGGAUUCUUUUGGCCUUUUCUCCUUAUAAUGGGGUUUUUUUGCUUUCUAUUACAGCUACACACAGUCACACACUCCACUCUUCACUUUCUUCUUACUCUCACUUUCAAUACAGCAUUCAUUGAUUCCAAAGUAGGGGGAAAACUAGUCAUCACUCAUUACUCACACCAGUGGAUUGCAUAAUUUGCAUUGGUAGUUCUUCCCAGAUUUCCCUCUCUUCAUAGUUUUAUACUUCCAAGAUAUUUGAAAGAUUUUGUUGUGCUUUGUAGGCUGUCUUAAUCAGCUUUAAUAAGAUCUGUUGCAAUCUUGGUUCAAGGGUAAACAAUUAGUAGUAGAGAGCUAGCAUAAAGUUUGAUUAAAAAAGUUUAAAACAAUGCAAAAUUUGUAAUAAAAGAAGAGCUGCUUUGUGUCACAUUGUUAAUACUAAUCAUUGCAUACCAAAAUGAAACAUGUUUUGGAGUCAUCCCAAUUCGACCCUUUUGUCUAUAUAGCAUUCUGAGUCUUAGCUCUGUCCUUAUUUGAAGAACUUUUGAACAUCUCAUCAAGAUCAAAGAAGAGAGGAAAAAGUGUGUGUCUGUGUGAGAGAAAGAUAUAAGCGCCCUUAUCUUUUCUGUUCUUUCAUCCCUUUUCCUCAUCAAUGCUUGGUGGGUUUUUCACAUGAAUGUGGUGAUGAUGGCUAAUCAAGGCGGUGGUAAUGUGGUGAUGAGGGAUUAUAGGAAAGGGAACUGGACAUUACAGGAGACAAUGGUGCUUAUUGAGGCUAAGAGGAUGGAUGAUGAGAGAAGGUUGAGGAGGCAAGCUGGUGGGGAAAAUAGUGCUGAGAGAUCAGGGAAACCAACAGAGCUGAGAUGGAAAUGGGUGGAGGAUUAUUGCUGGAGGAAUGAUUGUUUGAGAAGCCAGAAUCAGUGCAAUGACAAAUGGGAUAAUCUGAUGAGGGAUUUCAAGAAGGUCAGGGAGUAUGAGAAGAGAUUGGCAGCAGCAGCAGAGCAGCAGAAAGAUGGUUCAUCAGCAGAGAGAAAGGAUGAGAAAUCAUAUUGGAGGCUUGAGAAGAAUGAGAGGAAAGCAAACAACUUGCCUUCCAAUAUGUUGCCUCAAAUUUAUGAAGCAUUGGUUGAGGUUGUGGAUAGAAAGGGCCAAAGAUCAUAUCUUGGUGGUGCUUCUUCAUCUUCUAAUCCCAAAGUUGUUGUGUCUUCUUCUUCUUUAUCAGCUGAUCCUUCACUACUGCUUCCACCAAUCCAACAACAUUGUCCCAACAUUUCAACUCCAGUUCCUGUUACAGUUUUGCCACUUCCUCCACCAGUGGCUCAGACAGUACCAGUGCUGCAACAACAACAAGAACAUUCUACUAUUCCCUUUUCUCAUCAGUUGCCCACAGUAGAUUCUGAUACAAGUGAGCACUCAGCUGAUUCACCAGCAAAGCGGAGGAGAAGAGGAGGAGAUGAGGGAACCAGCACUGCUGCUGGUGGUGGUAGGGGAAACAACAAUUCAUCACAACAAGGUGAGACUGUUGAGGGUGCAAUCUCAAGAAGUGCUUCACCGAUAGCAGAAGCCAUUCAAUCAGGUGAAGAGGAAAGAAAGAAGGCACAGAGAGCUGAUGAGGCUGCAUGAGAGGAGGUUACAGAUUGAGGAAUUAAAGGCUGAGAUAGCUAGACAAGGCAUUAAUGGACUGGUUGAUGCUGUUAACAAACUUGCCAAUUCCAUUCUUUCUUUUGCCUCCCCCAAUAACCAACCAACUCCUAAAUAAUCCAAUCACUGAAACCAGGCAUUUGUUGAUUCUUAUAUAAUAGUAUUUUACAUAAUCUUAUCGUCACAUGUUAAAAAUAAUUAUAAAUGUAGAGAGAGCAGCAGUGAAUUAAUUAUUAAUGGAGAGGAGAUCAGGAUCAGUAUCUGAGAGAUGGUCCCAAAUUGCAUGGUUAAUUUGUACAUGUUAUUUUUAUUCAUUAUUGGACAACCAUGUAAAACUCAUUCUUGAAGGGAAAUAUUAUAUCUAAG